UCUGGGUGAGUCAGUCAGUUCAGGAACAUCUCAACGUGCGUCCAGCUGCGCCUGUCAUCUGUGCUGGAAACGUCUUCCUCCACGAAUGAAAAUGGGAAACUAUCCGAGCUAGUUUCUGAAGAGAAUUAAGGGGGAAACAAUAGGGGAAGUGUGCUAAAACUACCAGUGCCCUGGCUGGUAGGCUGCUGUGACACUACGGCGAUUUCCUGUUUUCGCCUGCUCAGGUCGAGCCUCCAGUCACAUCACAUCACAACAUCAGGAGCACAGCGGACAUGCAGACCUUCCUCAAAGGCCGGAGAGUCGGCUACUGGCUCAGUGAGAAGAAAAUGAAGAAGCUGAAUUUUCAGGCCUUUGCUGAUCUGUGCAGGAAGAGGGGAAUCGAAGUAGUUCAGCUGGACCUCAGCCAACCUCUGGAGGAACAGGGGCCCCUGGACCUGAUCAUCCACAAAUUGACUGACCUCAUCCUGGAGGCAGACCAGAAUGACUCACAGGCCAUCCUACUGUUGCAAAGAGUGCAGGACUAUAUUGAUGCACAUCCUGAGACUAUAAUCCUGGACCCCCUUCCUUCCAUCCGAACCCUGCUGGACCGCUGCAAGUCAUACCAGCUUGUCCACAGGAUAGAGAGCUGUAUGCAAGACGAUAGGAUUUGUUCACCGCCGUUCAUGGUCCUGAACACAGAGUGCAGCCCAGAUGUGCUCGAGCAGAUCAGGAAGAACGGACUCACAUUCCCCUUCAUUUGCAAAACACGGGUGGCUCAUGGAACAAACUCCCACGAGAUGGCCAUUAUCUUCAGUGAAGAGGAUCUGAAGGACGUGAAGCCUCCCUGCGUCAUCCAGAGCUUCAUCAACCACAACGCGGUGCUGUAUAAGGUGUUUGUGGUGGGCGACUCCUACACCGUGGUGGAAAGACCCUCGCUGAAGAACUUCCCAGCUGGACCGGCUGACAGGAAAGCGAUUAUCUUCAACAGCCAUAAUGUUUCCAAACCAGAGUCGUCCUCAGACUUGACCUCGAGGGAGAAUGUGGAGGGCGUGUCCCAGCCACCCAGUGAUGAUAUCAUCAGAGAGUUGUCCAGGUCCCUGCGGCAAGCGCUGGGCGUGUCUCUGUUUGGGAUUGACGUCAUCAUCAACAACCAAACAGGCCAACACGCUGUUAUCGACAUCAACGCGUUCCCUGGUUAUGAGGGCGUCCCAGAGUUUUUCACUGAACUUCUCAACCACAUAAGUAGCAUCCUGCAGAGCAACACCCCUGACCACACCCCCGCCAGCGAGCAGCCUAAAGGCCUGGGGAGCACCAUGGUACCCACCGCCGCGCCGUCGGCACCAGGCUGCUGUGGCAUGCUGGGAAAAGAGGCCAGCAGCAGCCCCUGGAUCAUGGAGGGCGAUGGAGGGCUAAAGGGUCCACGUCAGAGACUCGGCUGCAACUCGGCCAUGUCCCCCAACUUCCAACAGCACUGCGUCUCCACAAUAGCUACCAAGGCUUCCUCCCAGUGACUGACCUUUGACCCCUGACCCCGUUUGAUAGCCGAACAAAAACGGACAACAGUUGUGUCAAUAUUGAUGAAUAAUUAAUCAUAAUAAUUCUGAUGUUAAUAUAUCUUACAGAAUCAAACUUUUUUUUCCUAAAUAGUUCUUGGAAAUGAUGGUGAUUGGGUGUAAAAAAAGAUUUUCCUCUGUUUUUUUUUUUUUGGUCUAAUGAGACUUAACAGUACUGUAAUGUGAACUUUUGGGAACUUUGCCUAAUAUCAGAUUUUAUUUUUCCUCUUCAUGUAACAAAAAGGGUCCAGAUGAGGUAGCUGAUGGGAAAAGAUGCGUGCAUCUCACAGACACACGGGUCUAACUACAGUCGCAGGGAGCGUGCCUUUAGAGCGGUGCCAAUGACUGGGCAGUCAAGCCACAUUGUUGGGCAUUUUAACAAAAAACUUACACUGGUGUUUUUAGUUUCAGAGUGCUGUCAGAUCACAUCUCUGCAAUCGGGAAGAAAGGGAAAAAAAAAUACAUAAAUGUGGCAAAGGGGUUUUUUUUUUUUCCCUCUCCAAUAUAAAUGUACCAAUGUACUUUGGCAAUACGGUUUCCUGGAGAUGUUUCGUAUUUGACAAACCGCGUCUGUUUCUGAAGGUGACAUUCCGUAUGUUUGUGGCAUUUUCCAUGUUUCCAGAAUUCCAGAGGUAUUUUGUGACAUUAUCUCACGUCACCUCAUGGGAUUGUAGUCUCGCAGGCUCCCAAUGUGUUACACGUUUGUACCUGUAACAGUGUCAGAUUACUGCGAGACGAACGACACACUCAGGGCUGCUGGUAGUUUACUUUGUUCAAACUAU